UUGUUUUCUGUUUGCCCGGGUCGCGGGUGGGAGGCGAGGCACGCGGGGGUUCCCGAGCCUGGCUCCGCGCCAGGCCUGCGCCCUUCGGCCCUGGGGCCACGGGGGCGGCCGCGCCCGGGAGCGGGAGGCUAGCGCGCGGGGCCGGGCGGCUCAGCAGGCGCAGCCAUGGGCUCCCUCGGCUCCCACGCAGCGCGCAUCCCCGACGCGGACAGCAUCCGGCGGGAGACCGGCUUCUCGCAGGCCAGUCUGCUCCGCCUCUACCACCGGUUUCGGGCACUGGACAGGAACAAGAAGGGCUACCUGAGCCGCAUGGAUCUGCAGCAGAUUGGGGCUCUGGCCGUGAACCCCCUGGGAGAACGCAUUAUAGACAGCUUCUUCCCUGAUGGGAAUCUGCGUCUGGAUUUCCCAGGCUUUGUCAGAGUCCUGGCUCAUUUUCGCCCCAUCGAUGAUGAGGACCCAGGAAUUCGAGACCCCAAGGAACCUGAACCCCUCAACAGCAGAAUGAACAAACUUCGCUUCGCAUUUCAGCUCUAUGACCUGGACCGGGACGGAAAGAUCUCCCGGCACGAGAUGCUACAGGUCCUCCGACUGAUGGUUGGGGUGCAGGUGACAGAAGAGCAGUUGGAGAGCAUCGCUGAUCGCACGGUGCAGGAAGCGGAUGAAGAUGGAGAUGGGGCUGUGUCCUUCCUGGAGUUCACCAAGUCCUUGGAGAAGAUGGACAUCGAACAGAAAAUGAGCAUACGGAUCCUGAAGUGACCCCCUUUGUGCCUUUGGCUGCCUUACACAGACCAGUUCAGCCCGGGAUUUGUCUUCAGCCCCUGCAGAGGCAGGGCCCCAAUAAACUAUAUUCUUGUGUCUAAGCUAAACUCUCUUUGGGGCCAAGGAAGGCAAGCUGGAAGCGUGUGUACUGAAUAAAGUCUAGUUCAUUUGAUGUCA